AUGGUAGGCGUUUCUUUGUGGAACAACAUGUGCAAGUGUCUGAAGAUUAAAAGAGAUGAUGCAAGUCUUGAUGAUGAAACCAGCAGCAGAUUUCUUAACAGCAAUACUCAAUCAGUUCCGUCUUGCAGUACUAGAUAUGUUGGGUCUUCAUCAUCAUCGAAGUCUUUGCAUUUCUUUGUGAGAAAUUCUGACGGUAACACUCAGGUAAUACAUGCAAAUGCCGAUGAUACAGUUGAAUCUGUUCAUGAACAAAUUAGAAAUAAGACCGGAAUACCUGUGUUUGAGCAAGGUUAUCUAGUUUAUGGAAGAAAAAACCUUGAGAUGGAUAAAACCCUUGGAUAUUAUUCCAUACAGAGGGAUGCACAGCUUCAGUUGGUUGCAAGGAUGAGAAGUACUCAGUAUCCUGACACAUGGAAAGCUGUUGACAGGUUAAUCCUAACGAUAGGGAGUCUGUGUAGAGAUGAACAACAUCGUGAUGGUGCACAUGCGACCAUUGUUAUUAAUUCUGUGAAACACUUCAUUGAUAUGUCUUUGAGAUUCAAGACGAGAAAUGAUGAUGAUGCUUAUGUUAGUCAUCAUAUUCAGAUAUUUGUGUGUGCAGGUGCAGCAGCAGCUCUGGUUAUGCUGUUUUUAUCACCUAUUAGAGAUAACAAAGAGUGUGCUGAAAAGGCAAUCCAACUCUUUUUAAACCCUCUUGUCGAUGAUGAAGUGAAAAUAGAACUACGAACUCAUUUUGUUCCCAUCAUUUUAGAGUUCUGCAUAUUGCUUUGCAGUGAAACAUCUACUGAGAAUCCGCUUUAUAUUUCGUGCCGAAACGAGGUUAGGAAAACCUUGGAGACUAUUCACGUUGAUAGGAGUAGAUGUUUUAAUUAUGCUCAAGGAAGAGUUGUAAUUCAGGGGUUUGUGUCAGAGCUGGGACGUAAGGUCAUUAAGGGUUUAGAGUAUUCACCACAAACUGCUGCAAUGUCAUUUUUAGGUGAUGUCAGUGAUUUUGUUGCAUUUUCGAGUCCCAUGUGUAAUGCGAUUGAAGACGGGUUAGGCGGGAUGGAUCAUCUACCGCUUUGUUUGACUGACUUGCACCCAUGUUAUGUCAUGGAGCUCGGAACGCUUCAUCUCAUUUUCUUAGAAAUGCUUGGCAAAAUUGAUGAGCGCUUGAAGAAAAUGGAGAUUUCGGUGGGCAGAAGUAGAGGGGAAAUGGAUGAUAGUUUGCGGAGUGGAUGGGGUGGUCAAUAUCUAUCUAUAUUGAAGGCAUUGAAUAUUCUAUCUGAAAUUUAUGAAGGUGCUGAAGAAAAAGUUCAAUCUGUGCUGCGGUCCAGGCAGGCUGGGCUAGACGCUCUUGUUACGAAUUCAAGCAGAAAUGAUGAUCAUCUUUGGAUUCUUGAGCAUAAGGAUUUGAUAUCUUUUGAAUGCAGGAGGCAUUUAGCGAUGACGUUGUUGCCUGAGUUGAAAGAAGAUUAUACGCGUUUAUUUGAGAUGCUUAUCGACAGGGAUCAGUUAUUGGCAGAAUCAUUCAAGUAUGUAAGUAAAGCUGAUGUCAAAGAUUUGGUUGGUGGUAGACUUUUCCCGGAGUUUAAAAAUGAGAAAGCGACUGGUCACGGCGUCUUGCGGGAGUGGUUUUGCUUGGUCUGUCAAGCAAUAUGCAAUCCGCGAAACGGCCUAUUCCUAGCUUGCGCAGAUGACAAUAGAAGGUUCUUUCCUAAUCCAGCAGCAUCUGAUGCCAACCCACUCCACCUUGAAUAUUUUCGCUUUGGUGGAGGGGUAUUUGCAUUAUCGUUGGUGUACAAUGUGCAAGUUGGAAUCUUAUUUGAUCGCACAUUUUUCUUGCAAUUGGCCGGAGAGGCUGUCUCUCUGGAAGAUGCGCGAGAUGCUGAUCCCUUAUUCUAUUCGAGCUGCAAGAAAAUUCUGGAAAUGGACACUUAUUUGAUAAAUUCGGAUGCUUUGAGUCUAACAUUUGUUACAGAAGUCGAAAAGCUAGGGUCUAGAAAACCCGUGGAGCUCUGCGCAGGAGGAAAUAGCAUUGCGGUGAACAGCAAGAACCGAGAAGCUUAUGUAAAUCUCCUUAUACAACACCGUUUUGUGAAAUCGGUCACAGAUCAAGUAAAAGCAUUUUCCAGAGGUUUUUCUGAAAUUCUUUGUGAUGCAUCCCUGCUUGCUUUCUUUUUCCGGAGUUUAGAGCACGAAGAUCUUGACCGAAUGCUGCAUGGAAGUGAUAGAGCUCUAUCUGUAGAGGACUGGAAGGCGCACACCAAGUAUAAUGGCUAUAAAUCAACUGAUAGCCAAAUCAUCUGGUUUUGGAAGGUUGUAGAAGUUAUGUCAGCUGAGCAAAGAAGGGUACUGCUUUUCUUCUGGACAUCGGUGAAGUACUUACCGGUGGAAGAAACAUAUACUGCAUUACUUUUCAAGGUACAUAUAUAUCGUAAAGAAGCUCUCACUAAUACAACAAUGAAACAGAUGACACCAUUGAAGUAG